CGCCAGCGCUGGGAAAUCGCGGCUCUUAUUAUUUGACAUGUCCAAUAAUUCCUUACGGACGAAGCUUAUAAAUAAAUAUUUUUUUUAUAAUUUAGAAUUAAAGCAAUAAUUGAUGCCUUAACGGUAAAAAGAAAUCUUCGUAUAUAUAAGAGCGACGAAAAUAAAUUUGUUUUUGUGGUAAUCCGAUAUAAUAAACUACGUGAUAUUCGUCCUUUGAUAUUUUUAGGUUAUGUGAGAUCAAACAAUUGUUUGCGCGUGUGUUUGUUAUUACAAGAAUAAAAAAGAAAUUGAAAAAAAAAUGGAAUCCCGGACUGAAUUCAAGCUUAAAUCGCCACCAUUGGAUGCUAUUUCUGCAGUAGAAUUUGGACCAAAUUCUACUCAAUUUCUUCUAGCUUCAUCAUGGGACAGUACAGUACGACUUUACGAUAUUCACGCUAAUACUAUGAGGCUCAAAUAUAAUCACGAUAUGCCCGUACUCGACGUAGCUUUUCAGGAUGCUGUGCAUGCGUACAGUGGUGGUUUGGGUACAACUUUAAAAAUGUAUGACAUCAACACAAACACAGAGUCAAUAAUGGGGAGUCACGAAAAACCUAUUAGAAAAAUUGAGUAUUGUGCCGCUGUUAAUGCAAUAUUAACAGGCGGUUGGGAUGCAACGGUUAAGCUAUGGGAUCCCAGAACACCAACUUGUGUUGGAAGUUACUUACAGCCGGAUGUUGUUCUUGCUCUGUCUGUUUGUGGCGACAAAUUCGUUGUCGGUACUGCCAAGAGAAAAGUUUGCAUAUGGGACUUGAGAAAUAUGGCAGGAAUGUUUCAGAGACGUGAGAGUAGUCUUAAAUAUCAAACAAGAUGUAUCAAAGGUUUUCCCAAUGAACAGGGCUACGUAUUGAGCAGUAUCGAAGGUCGCGUAGCAGUGGAAUAUUUGGACACGACACCCGAAGCUCAGAAAAAAAAAUACGCUUUCAAGUGUCACAGAAUAAAGGAGAACAAUGUGGAGCACAUAUAUCCGGUGAACGCGAUAAGUUUUCAUUCGACGUACAACACGUUUGCGACCGGUGGAUCGGACGGUUACGUAAACAUAUGGGACGGUUUCAACAAGAAACGUCUCUGCCAAUUUCACCGUUACAAUGCAGGAGUCGCGGCUUUGAGUUUCAGUCACGACGGAUCGGUCCUCGCGAUUGGCGUAUCGUAUCUAGACCCUGCAGAAAUUCCACCGGGUGGUCACGAAGAACAAGAAAUUUAUAUAAGAUACGUAAACGAUCAAGAAACUAAACCCAAAUAAUCUUCUAUCUUGAACCACGAAAAAUCAACUUUUGACCAUCAACGAUCAUGAGCAACGCGAGUGGUGUACAUAAUUGUCGAAUAAUUUAUGUAUGAGUAACGAAUGGAAUCAAUUUUUCCUCAGAUUAAAUAAUAAUACGAACGAGACGAAAAAAAAAACAGCAAAACUUUUUUUAAAUAAAAUUAUACUGUUUUUAUUACGAA